CCGUUACGAUCUCUCUAUCUCUUUAAAAAAUUUCAAAAGUUUGGAAUCUUAAAAGCCAUUCUCACACAAUCUUGCAGAUUCUUGAUAAUCAUUUUCUUUCCUUUAACGAGCGAUAAAAAAAAAGAUCUGAGAUUUGUUAAGUAAUAAUUCCGGAAGUGAUUUUUCAAAUUAUGUCUUCUCCUGCGAAGAGCAAGAUCUCUGUUUCUGCUUCUUCCUCUUCUCCUUCAAUGCCUUCCAGACCAAACCCUAAACCCAGAAACUCCGAGACCGGAGACGUGAUGCGGCGUAGUUUUCGUGGCAGCCCGUUCUCGGCAGAUUCGUCCCGGAGAAACUCUCUUGGUAAAGAAUGCAGCAAUCUUGUUGACUUCGGAGGUAAAGAGAACGACAAGGAUCUUAUCUCCUCCAAUGUCGUGGUCAACAAAGGCCUCAAAGUUUCCAAGCAUUUCAUGUCGCCGACGAUUUCAGCCGUUUCUAAGAUCAACCCAUCGCCGAGGAAGAAGAUCUUGUCUGAUAAAAACGAAAUGUCUCGAUCCUUCGACAAAGCACAACAUCAGGUGAAGUCAUCAUCUUCUGUCUCAUUCUCUGAUGUGAUAAACAUCAUUGGGGAAGAGAUUCGCAUCGAUGAAAAGGAGGAAUCGUAUGAUGAUAUUACUGUAACUGAUCUCGAUGAGAAUCUUGAGAACAAGAGCGACGAUGGUUCAAGCUUCAAGAUCAGCCCUCUUCCUCCUCCUUGUGUUCCAUACACGUUCCCUGUGUUUGAGUCUUAUGAAGUGGAACCUAUGGUGGCACCUUAUGAUCCAAAGAAGAAUUACUUGUCACCGAGGCCUCAGUUUCUUCAUUAUAAACCAAAUCCAAGAAUUGAGCAUCGUUUCGAUGAGUGCAAGCAGCUAGAGGAGCUUUUCAGCUCUUCUUCUGAGACUGAUUUGUCAGCAGAGGAUAGCCAACAAGAAGAGGAAGUUGAUUCUCAAGAAGUUGUAGUAGUUGCAGUAGAAGCAGAGGCAGAGGAGAUUCUAGAUGUGGAUGGUGAAGAGCGUUUGGAAGCAGCAGAGAGUGAUAAAGAAGUAGUAGAAGAAGAUGUGGUUUGUGAAAGCGUUGAAGAAGAAACUCACCAAGUUUCAAAACAGUCUCGUUUCAAGAUGUCCAAGCUACUUGGUUGGAUUAUGGUUCUUGGUGUGGCGUAUGUGUUGCUGGUUUCUUCGGUGUCAUUCACUCAACCAAACAUCACUGAAGGUUCACCUUUCUAUCAGUUCCACAUCCCAAAAGAGAUUGUGAUGUCGGCAAGCGAGAGCUUUGAGCAGUUGGGUGCAAAGCUGAGGAUGUGCGCAGAAUCAUCUCUUGUGUAUAUUGAUAAGCUGAUCUCAAGUCUACGAGAGGAAGAGGGACAUGGUCCUUUUCUGUUUCAUAAUUUGACAAAUCUAUUGGAAGAUAAAAGUUUGUCUGAUUCUGUUUUCCAGACAACUGGUGACGAAAUCAGUGUUGAUGGGUUCUUAGUGGGUAGACAAGACUGGAGCUUAGAAAUGGAUAUAGAAGAAGAGAAUGUUGGUCAUCAGGAACCUGAAGAAGAACCGGAUAACAGUGGUGAAAUCAGUCUUGAAGCUGUCUACGAAGAGGAUGGUAAUGAAGUCGAGCAGGAGAGUGAGGUAGACUCAGAACUGGUUUAUGAAUUUGAUGAGCAGGCUGAGAUCAAGAUAGCCACAGAUACAGAGGUGAAUGAAGGUGAAAUAUACUCAGAGCCUCUUUCUCAAGAACGAAAUGGUGAGCAGGAAACUGAUACUGUUGAAGGGCAGAGAGAAUAUGAAGAAAAUGGCCAGAAGAACAUCGAGGAAGGUCAUGAAACUGGAUUUGCCCAAAACGAUAAGAAAAACAUGGAAGAACCUGAAUCCAACGCACACCACCAGCUUGAUGAUGUGGAGUCUGCUACAAUCAGUGGUCAUCAGCAAAAAGAAACAGAAGUAGGCAAUGCUGAAACUGUAUCAGAAGAAGAAGGUGUUGGGGAAGUUAGCCUCGGUGUUUCAGAAGAAGCUACAGAUGUAGAACAUGAUGGUAAUGAAGUAGAAGUAGAGAGUGGGUUUGGUGAGGCUGUUAAUGAUGCAGGUUCGGAGGGAAUUGCGUUGAGUAAUCAGAAGAAAGUGGUAGUCGUGUUUUCGACUGUGUUGAUUCUACUUGCAGCAGCAGCAGCAGCUGGUUUCUUAUUAGCCAAGAAGAAGACAAAACCAGUGAAGAUGCAACAACGUGAAGAUUGUGAACCAACAACUGAAGUUGAGCAUGUGCCAGUAGAGAAUCUGAUCAAAGAAAGGCUUUCUUCACUUAAUUUCAAGGAAGAAGAAGAAGAAGUUGGUGAUAGAGAAAGAGAGGUAUCAUCAGUACCUUCUGAGAUGAGCUUCAGUUUCAGUAAGAACAAAUCAUUACACAGCUGCAGCAACAACAGAGAUGAUCUUAAAGAAUAUCAAAGCGGAGGAGGAGGCAAGAAGAGUAAUGAUAGCGGCGAAUCCAUGGCUUCCUCGGCAUCAGAAUACUCCAUAGGCACUGUUUCAUAUGGGAGUUUCACAACAUACGAAAAGAUACAAAAGCGUAGUGGUCACAAAGAGAAAGAGAUGAUAACACCUGUGAGGCGUUCAAGCCGGAUCAGGAACCAUCAACAUUCUGGACAAUGAGUUAAAAUUAGCUUUGACUUUAUGAACUACUGAUUUGUAGGAAGCUUUUCCAUCUCACUGAAGCUCUUAAGUAGUAUGUUUCUUUCUUGGUAAUCUUUGCUUUUUAGUUUUGAUUUUCUCCUUUGAAGUUUCUGGCUUUAUGAUUUGUCUGAGACAUUGUACUCCAAUACUUUUCCUCUAGUUAUAAUAAUAUAGUUCAUCUUUUCUUAA